AUGGACAGCUUCAAAGACACCCUCCCACCCGACCUCUUCGAUCAGACGACCCUCGUCUCGCUCGCGUCGACCCUUGCCAUCCUCGCCGUCGCGUAUGAGGCGUCCCUCUACGCGCUCGACCGCAACACGGCCGCCAGCCACCGCUUCCUCUUCAUCUGGCACGCCUUCGACGCCCUGAUCCACUUCUUCCUCGAGGGCAGCUUCCUGUACCACUGCUUCUUCUCGUGGAUGCCGCUGUCGAGCGUCUCGAACCCCCACGCCCUCGCCCCCACCGCCCACAACUUCCUCGGCUACACCGAUCGCGCCUAUGGAUCCCAGGCCGGAGGUGAGAACCCCUUUGCCCAGCUGUGGAUGGUCUACGCGAAGGCGGACCGUCGGUGGGCGGGCGCUGAUCUGACCGUGAUCAGUCUCGAGCUCCUGACCGUCUUCGUCGCCGGCCCGCUCGCCUGCCUCGUCUGCUACGGCCUGGCCAAGAAGGACCCGCGGACCAACAUCCUGAUGAUCGUGAUCGCGACCAUGGAGCUCUACGGCGGGUUCAUCACCUUCUGCCCCGAGUGGCUGACCCUGAACUACAACCUCGACACGAGCAAUUGGAUGUUCAAGUGGCUGUAUCUGGUCUUCUUCAACAUGCUGUGGGUUUUCAUCCCGCUGUAUGCUAUCUGGGUCGCCGUGGAGGACAUCAACCACGCGUUUGCUGUGAGGAGCAGAUCUGCGGGUGCGAGGAAGACGAAGUGA